UCCUGCUUUGAGAGUUGGUUAUUCGGGGAUACCUCACUGCUUGCUGUGUAUCUAUUUCUCUCUUCCUACGGAGUGACACAAUACGGUACAGCGAAAAACAUAACCAGCAUAAGAGACCCCCAAAAUGGCGGAGCUGGGAACGGGGAGUCUACAUGCGGGGGACCCCGUUUUCAAUGACCAAGAGAGAGAGCUCAACGAGCGAUUGAAGCGGCUGUACCCGGCCGUGAACGAGGAAGAGACCCCCUUGCCCCGGUCCUGGAGCCCCAAGGAUAAAUACAGCUACAUCGGACUGUCACAGAACAAUCUUCGAGUGCACUACAAAGGUCAUGGGAAAAACCACAAAGAUGCAGCAUCCGUUAGAGCUACUCACCCCAUACCAGCGGCCUGUGGAAUAUACUAUUUUGAAGUAAAGAUUGUCAGCAAAGGAAGGGAUGGAUACAUGGGUAUAGGACUUUCUGCCCAAGGUGUCAAUAUGAACCGACUUCCUGGUUGGGAUAAGCAUUCUUAUGGUUACCAUGGUGAUGAUGGACACUCGUUCUGCUCCUCGGGCACUGGCCAGCCCUAUGGGCCUACAUUUACUACAGGUGACGUCAUUGGCUGCUGUGUUAACCUCAUUAACAACACAUGCUUCUACACAAAGAAUGGUCAUAGCCUCGGCAUAGCAUUUACAGACCUUCCUCCUAAUCUGUAUCCAACUGUUGGACUCCAGACACCAGGUGAAAUUGUAGAUGCUAAUUUUGGCCAACAACCAUUUGUCUUUGACAUAGAAGACUACAUGAGUGAGUGGAGAGCUAAGAUUCAGGGAGUCAUCGACAGAUUUCCUAUUGGAGAUCGGAUUGGGGAGUGGCAGUCUGUACUGCAAAAUAUGGUAUCAUCAUAUUUGGUACAUCAUGGGUAUUGUGCAACUGCUACUGCUUUUGCUAGAGCUACAGAGACCAUAAUCCAAGAAGAUCAAUCUUCAAUAAAAAACAGACAAAGAAUACAAAAGUUAGUAUUAGCAGGAAGAGUUGGAGAGGCAAUUGAAGCAACACAGCAGUUGUAUCCAGGACUUCUAGAACAUAAUCCUAAUCUACUGUUCAUGUUAAAAUGUCGGCAGUUUGUAGAAAUGGUAAAUGGUACGGACAGUGAAGUUCGCUGCUAUAGUUCUCGCUCCCCCAAAUCCCAAGACAGCUAUCCUGGAUCACCCAACCUGAGUCCCCGGCAUGGAGCCACUAACCCUCAUCUUCACAGUACAGGUUCUGAUAGCCCUACGUGCAGUAAUGGGGUGACACCAGGGAAAAACAAACAGUCUCGCAGUAAAUAUCAUGGCCUGAGCUCCUCCUCAUCCUCUUCAUCCUCCUCCUCCUCUUCCUCUCCUUCCUCCGUCAACUAUUCAGAAUCUAAUUCCACUGACUCUACGAAGUCACAGCCAAACAGCAGCGCUAGCAACCAAGAAACAAGUGACAGCGAGAUGGAGAUUGAGCAAGAAUACUACAGUAAUGGAGUUCUGGAGAACUCUACACGAAUCAUGAAUGGUACCUACAAGCAUGAAGAGAUCCUACAAACAGAUGAGUCCAGCCUAGAAGACAGUGGUGCUCCAAGGCAGUUAUGUGGAGGAAAUCAGGCAGCCACAGAGAGAAUGAUUCAGUUUGGCCGAGAGUUACAGUCUCUUAACGAGCAGCUGGGCAAAGAGUACGGCAGAAACUCAUCGCACAAAAAAAUGCUUCAGGAUGCAUUUAGUUUACUAGCCUAUUCUGACCCUUGGAACUGCCCGGUGGGACAACAGCUGGAUCCUAUGCAAAGAGAGCCAGUCUGUGCAGCUCUCAACAGUGCAAUCUUAGAGUCACAGAACCUGCCAAAACAGCCUCCACUGAUGCUAGCCUUGGGCCAAGCCACGGAGUGCCUGCAGCUGAUGGCCCGGACCCGAUCCGGCUCUUGUUCCUUUGCCAGACUUGACAACUUUUUGCACUGACUGAGAAAUAGUUAAGCAGUUACCAGCAUUUUAGCGGACAGCCAAUGCGUGGACUUGGCAGCAAGGACACACCAGAGUUCCACACGGCUGAGGGUUUGGUUUUGCGUGCUGUUUUUCCAGUGUGUGUGAAGCAUUUGGAGGAAAACAAAUACGACAGACAAUGAGUAAAGAAGGCGUCUUUUUAAUUUAGCAUUAUCUAAUACAAAUGUGUGACACUAUUUAAAAUUAUUAUGUUUAGCUAGUUAUUUUUAGUUUUUAUUUUAUGUAUUUUUGUUAUGUAUAUCUCUGAAAUUGUUUUUUUCCCUUCUGUUUUUAUUUUCAAGGGUGACAGUAAAACCCUCUCAAAUAUUUUAAAACUUCUGUAUACAUUGCAAAGUAUACAUUGUAAUUAAACACAGACAAAACUUUGUGGCUCAUAACUCAGGUAUAUGAUACAUCAUACUUUCGCAUGGAUUGUGGAGAAAAAAUGUUUACCUGCUACAGAACUUCAUGUUUCAAAUGUUUUAAAUGUUUUCUAACCUUUAAAAUGUGGAUAAUGUGGAGAUAUGGUAAACUUCGAAUCUCGUUGCAUCUUUGCUGUUAAGAUACACAGAAUCACCUUCAGUUAAAUGGCCGGCAUGUAAGCCAUCAAUUACUCUGAUCAUGCAAUGACAUUGAUCUCUCGGUGACAGUUGUAUGCCAAAAGCUGCAUUAACUGCAUCAUUAUUUUUAGUAUUGUAUUGCCACUAACGGUGAUGUCUUUUUUCCAAGGGACAACUGUUUUUAAGCUGUCAGUCACAAGACAUUAGUUUUCAGUAUUUCUUUAUAAUGACUACUGAUGUGUUGGUCAUAGUGCAAUAAAGCAAUCCAGUUCAUACAUCUGUUAAAACAUACAACAUUAAAAUGCUGUCAGAGAAAUAACGCUGUGUUUUCUCUGAAUCAUAACUGCAAUAUUCAUUUUAUUGUUUUGAUCGCUCACAUUUAAUGAUCUUUGCUUUGAAGAAAGCACAAUACAGGGAGUGGUGAAUAUUAAACACUUGCUGUAGAAGUACUCAACUGCACACAGUUUUGUUCCUUUCCCUCCAAACAUUCACAGACAGAAAGGUGGCACAUAAAUGUGAGACAAUAGGCCAUUAUUAGAAUAUUCAUACGGCAGACUAAAUUAGCAAUUCUUUGAACUAGAAGGUAACAACCCUACUUUCUAACACAGAAUGCUGACAUCUACAAGGACUGAAUAAAUCCAACAGACAUGUCUUUGCAUCACUUCUUUGAAGUUUUAACAUUAAAAUGAAGAUGGAAUAGUCAAAUACUCUCACCCACUUUGACAGGCUGCUACCUGACACAUUUCCAGAGCUCUCCUACACUUCCAGCACCCGUGUUCCAGUUUUAAUUGUACUUGUCCCCAACUUUCAGGACAUCUCUUUUGACUGAAUACCUUUUUCUAUUGUAACAAUUUGAAUGGAGCUCCAGUUUUGUGUUUGGGUAAUCACAACUGACUUUAUGUAAACCUCCAAGGCUACACCCUAUCCAAGAUUCUAUACCAGCUGGAAAUAAUGGAUUGAGUAAAACAACUGUAUUUCCUAUUUCUUCUUCCUGCCAAACUAGCACAAUGUUUGUUUUUUUUCUUCACAUUUGCUUCCAGCGCUUCAAUAUUUAGCAGGCUCCCUCUGGGGUGCUCCAGUGGUGGUGAUAUGCUUUUAAUUUAUGAACAAAUUAUGACUUGCUGAGUUCGGACUCUUAAAACAACAUUUCAGAUAACCUGGAAAUAGUUAAACUGCCAGAAAACAUACAGUGUGUUAAAUAUAGCUUCAAAGUAUUUGAAAUAGUGUCUCUGCAAGUGUCAGUAUGUGAUUGUGAGAUUUUACAGAGAAGUUUCCAGAGAGCAGCAUCUCAGUUUGACCCAAUCUUUUUUUUAUUUAUUUAUGUUUUUUUUUUUUAAAUAUUUUAUGAUUUUUAUACCAAUCAUGUUGACUAUUUUUUUUCACCCGCUUUAGUUUUAUUUAUUUAUUUUUUGACCAGUUCAAUACGUUCUGAUGGAAAGUGUUACUUUUGCUGUUACUAUGGGGAAAAGUCAAGUAGUUUUGUAUUACUCAAUACAGAAAAUCACAAACUUUGGAAGAGUAUGAAAGAAUAUGCAGUGGCUGACCUAUGACCAUACAGUAUAUCCUGAGCCAAAGUUGAAUCUUAUUACCAAAAAAUACCAUCUAGCUCUCUCAUAGUGAUUUAGCUGUUGUGUUCUUGUCUCCUUUCCCCCCUUCAGACUAAGCUGCUUCUUGAUCCUCACACAUCCAGCACAAAUGACAGGCUGAAUGCAACGUAUGCUCUCCUUGCGGACUGGAGAAUCCGUUGGCUCGGUCUCGGUCAACAACACAGGCAAGUUUUAGCAAGUAAAUCACUAAGAUGGCUAAAACGGACUCUUAGACUGGUCAGUGAGUGCACACACCUGGCACAUAUUUCUGAUAUAUU